CUCGGAUAUCGCGGUAGCGAUAUCCAGCCAUUCUUUUCAUCGCACCUGGCCGCUGGCCGCCACUCGCUUUGGACCUCGUCCGUACACUCCUUACCCAACUGUCGAAACUAGCACGCGUCGAUCUUAUUCUCUGCCUCCAGCUUAUCUGGUCAACCCUGCAUUUUGUUCUUGAACAGCUUUUGCAUGGCACAGCAAGACUCGCCCAAAUCCAGUUUACACGGACGUUCAGAUUAAUGAAUCGGGGUUCAAAUUCCACAUCCGUUGACAUCAAUCACUUGAAUGCUUGAGUUCGAAAGUCGUGCAAUCAGAAGCUAGGCGACCAUGCACCGGCAUCAACAGCACCAACAUCGCCAUGGCAAGUAUUUGGGAGCCCGGUUUGCACCUGUCGAGCCAGCACUCAUGCCGCGCAACCGACCGCCGUACCUACUCAUGCCCGAAGCUCCGACCCUAGUAAAAAGAGAACCAAUGCCCACGACGGAUUCUGGUCGAGUGGAAACGUGCUCGCCUGGAGACAACUCGGCCCGAUGCGAGAAGAACACAAGUACCGCGAGCAAUACAACACUACCUGUAGUGCUAGGAGCAGUCAUUCCCAUUGUCUGUGCGAUCAUAGUUUUAAUUUUUUUACAUCGACGAAAUGUGAAGAAACUCCGCAAUGAGGACGCCAAUGAUAAGCACAAGUCUCUUGACUUUGGAAUGGAUCUGGCCCCGAGCGGCGGUAGAUCUGGGAUGCAAGAAAAAGGAUCUCAUCACAUGAAGGGUAUCUCUCUGGACAUAGGACCUAGUCCUUAUAUGCUACCGCCUAGCAUACGCGGCUCGAAGGACUCGCUGAAUUCAUUACCCCGAACAAUCUUGGCAGAUGAUGACAAGUACCGACACGCACACACAUAUUUCUCAACUGACGCUCAGUCUAUCCGGUCGCAGAGAAGAGUUCAUGACGAUGCUGCAAGCGUUGCAGGUUCAACACGGAGAGGAGCAUUUGGGGAUGAAAUGAAUCAAGGGUUAUUGGGUAAUGCUCAGAGAAUCUCGCGCUCGUCUCCGCCUCUUUACAACCCCCCUGAGCCAACAGCUGGGCGGGCUCAACCUCAAGUGCAGGACGCCGGCUUUGAAUUAAGCUUGCCCAGGAGUCCCAGUCCCGUCCAUGUAUCAGGCUUGACAUCAAUUAACGAAUCUACGACGGAGACUGGCAGAGAAGCAAACGUUCCCAGACGCAUAUCGUCUCCCUUGAAUUGCCCUCCUGAACAUCAGUUCGACUUGCCGUUACAGGAUACGCCUGCUACUCAUGCUGGACCCGAUCACAACCCUUCACAUGACAAGCCAAUUGCGAUGCCAAGGAUUUCUCUCCCUUCGAGCGAUGUCGAUAGUGACUACGGAGAUCAGAGGACAUCCGGUCCAGCUGUUCCGGCUGUGAAUGUCCAGACGGCAGGCAUUGGCUCCACUCCGCAUGAGGAAAGUCCCGAUCAAGUGCCUAAGCCUGCAAUGCCCGAGGAGCCAUCGCAAUCAUCUAACCUGAAUCUCGACCCUCGCCGUGAUACCCGCCGUCUGACAAUGGGACUACGCCCCUUGCCGCCAGAGGAUCCGUCUGAUAACCCUGAGCAGCGUGCUAAUCGUAUUCGAUCAUUCUACAAGGAAUACUUCGACGAGAGCAAGGCAGGACAACGAGAGACUUACUACGGAGACUAUGGCGCUGAUUACUACCCACAUGAUGACGACUAUGUCUAUGAUCCAGUUACCGGAGAAUACUAUGAUGCAGUACCAGCACCAUAUGCUGAACCAAUGACUCGUCGCGCUAUGACUCCCCCUCCACGCGCUCCUCCUCGGUUCCAGGGCGCAGCCCACCAUAUGGCGUCGGGCUCGAUCGGUGGAUAUAGCGACAGAUUUCAGCCUCCCGGUCCGCGUGCAUUCUCUUCAGCUUCAAACCGAUUUCCUGGCCCCAGAGCUCCGCGUCGCCCGGCUCCCCCACCAGCUCCCCUUAACGUACUUCCUUCCCCUCAUCUCUUGAAGGAUGAUUCCAUCAUGACGGCUAUCGACUUCGCUCCUGGUUCAAGCUUCAGAGACCAAAGAGACGGGCGCCCGGAGACCCCUCUUGGAGGAGUACGGCCCUACAGCCCUACGGUCCGAGCUCACACUCCCCUUGUGUCGGUGUUCGACGAUUUAGCACCUAUGCCCAGCCCACACGCACUACGGAAGUCAGGCGCUUUCGGCAAUCUGGAUUUUGCUCCUCCUCCUCGUUUCAAGACCCAAGACACUGCAAGUGAUGCGGGUAGCAUCCGCAGUACGCGAACCGGGGUCUCAGCAACCCAUUUGCAGAACAUCCGCAAUGGUGCGUACCAUGUCAGCCGACUGCCCCCAGAAACUGUUGGUACCAAGGAUGAUUUGAUAUCAAACCUUCGUCCUAAAUGGGAUAUGCGGCAAUAG